CGAGAGUACCUGGGUAUUUUCGAGCACACAACAAGCCUACCGGACACAAUAACCUCAACAACGUGAGUGACAGAGAUACCGAUUUACACUUACAAUUUAUUUUGUUGAGGAAACCAGCAAAUUCUAUUUCUAUAAAGUAUGGCUUUUAAAUACUACGCAGUUCGUUUCGUCGUAAAUCUGGAAUUCCAAAUAUAACGUGAUUCUAUCUAAGUCAUUGUCAUUUUGUCAUGGCGGAUAGGCUUAGACCGCACAAUAAAGAGAAAUGGAAAAAAGAACUGGAAGAAGCAGGAUUUAGCCAUUGCGAUGGAGAAAGAAUAAUUUGUUACAACUGUAACGUACGGCCACGCUCAGAGGAAGGAGAAAAUCCAGCAAAGCUUCAUGCAGAACUGUGUCCAGACUGCAAAUACGUGAAAGAUAAUGACCUUGUAGCAAAGCAUCUGAAUGAAGAGAUCGGAUUAGAGGGCGCAAGGGUAUCUGGUGCAGAUGGCAACUGUGCAAGGAAUGGGACAACUUCAUUCACCGGCCUACCUGGAAACAUUUUGCCGAACGUUGGAACGUUGCCGAAUCCACGUCUUUUAGAUACAAACCCACGGGACAGAUCUAAACGUUAUAAAGAACUGGAAAAGAAGGCAACAUGUAUGAAUUGCUCCAAUGAAGCUCCUCCAUAUAUCUUCAUUCCGUGCAGACAUGUGUUUUGCCCUGAAUGUGCCGACGGACAAAGUCAGUGCAUGAAAUGCGGUAAAGCUAUUAAAAAGAUCGAAUGGUUCUAUAGAGGAUAAAACUGCCCAGACGUCCUUAUCCUGUUUAAGCAGAUAUCUUUCUUUGAAAGUAAACAUACAUGUAGUUAUUUGAACAUUUGAACAAUGUAAUGGGUUUUUCGCAUUUGUUUUGAAAAAAUCAAACAACAACAGAAAAAUCCACAAAAUACCCCAACAAAACAAGACAAAAACAAGCAAAGCUACAAAGAAAAUAAUAUCCAAUUGAAGUCGUUUUUAUAAUAUAUAUUUUUCAUUCCAUGCUACAUGUAUCUAAAUUGAUAGUGGCUGACAAACUAAAUACAUUUUUAAAUCACGAUAUAUGCCAACAUGGUGGACUCAUGAGUAGACAGGACAUUUCAUCAAUGCAGGUAGAAAAAGAGGGAGAGGUCGAUAGCACGUGUGUUUGCACGAAAUAAAAAAGUUCAAGUUAAUCAAUCCUUGGUGAUCAAUGAGAGCACUGAACACAUACAUACUUUGUAUCUUACACUGACGAGUGCUUGGUCUUUUUUUGAAACGAGAUCGAAUGAAGUUUCAAAAUCACUUAUAAAAAAACCUUGAGGUAAAAAAGUGAGAGAAUUUUUUUUUUCAUUUACGUAAGGAAAAUCUAAGGUUAGUUAAUUGUGGUGUUAAACGAAUAUAGAUAUUACAUUUAAUUGUACUGGACUUGUAACUAAAUAUUUUUGAAUAAAGCUUGAGCUUGAAAUUG